GGCAGGAGAUGAGUUUAAGUGUCAGUUCUUAAACUUCUUCGCAUCAUACCAUGUUUUUCCUUUCUUGCUUCUCUGCAUUUCUUCUUCAUCAUCAUCCUUGCCGAGUUUAACAAAACGGAAGGAAGGAAAUGGUCUGAGAAUAAUUAAAAUUCCAAGAUGCAUUAUUUCUGUCCUGGGACCUUACCUGUGGCAAACAUCUAUGAACGGAAUGUGGUCUUUGUACUCUUUGUGUCAGAAAAUAGCCCCUCUGACCUGUCUAUCUUGAAAGAAGUUCUCAUAAAAACUCUCUAUUCAUUGGCCAGCAAAUUAUUGGACUCAAUGUUCAAUAUUGUCAGCUGUACCAGAAAGGCUUACAAGUGGCAGAAUGGACUGGUGAAAUGUUCCCUCACUAGUGUAAUUGAAGCAACUGCUUGGAUCAGAGCCCUUCAAAUCAACAGUGGGGCCAGUGCAUUGAGUCCUUUGGUAGCAGCACUGGAAGAUCCCAUUAGUCAAGCCGUGUACCUCUUCACCAGUGGGCUUCCCAUGUGCACAGUGGAAGAAAUCUGUUGCCGCCUUAAAGAGACAGAACGGGCACACCCAAUGCAUGUAGUUUAUUUGGUUGGAAGCAGAGAGGAGAGUAAAAGUGACUCUCAAAAAAUACUGGAAAAAGUAGCCAAGGAGUCUGGUGGUUCUUUUCAGCCACUCCACCUCAACUCUGACGUGUCUUCAGAUGAAAAUAAUUCUGGCUGUGUGGCAAGCAAUAUCCAUUCUGACUGUGUCAGCAAGCAGCACUGUAUCCAUUCACUGGAUAGUCAUCACAUAACACAAUUUCCUAUGGGCGCUUGGAGCAUGGAUUCCCCUAACAAAUUUCUGAGAGGCUCAAUAAAGGAGGAUUUAAUGGACUCGUCCCUAAUGAUUCACAACUUGCCAAAGGGGAUCAGAGUCUUAGCAAGAAAAGAAACGGAUGGAUAUUACUAUCUAGGUCACAUUGUUCAAAAGGUGAAGGACUCCAGAGAAUGUUUUCUAGUUAAGUUUGAAAGAUCACAGCAUUCACAAAAAGGAAAGGUUCAGUUUCAAAUGCAAGAAACACCUCUCUAUGAUGUCAUUGACUAUGAAGAUGCCAGGUGGCAGCCAUUAGCUCCAGGGGAUGGGGUCCUUGCUCCAUGGGAAAAGAAGGUUCAACGAUAUGGUCCAGGCAUUAUCCUCCAAGUGGAAGAGGCUGCAUCAUCUCAUUCAGGCUUUAAAAACAGCAAAGUUGUGGUUAAUUUCUGGAAUGGUCGGACGAAGGAAAUUUCUGCACAUGUUGUUGCGAGGAUCCCUCCUCCUUUGAAAGAACGCAUUGUCCUCGAGCUUCAGAUGCCAUUAGCAGCUAGACAGAUGUUGGUAGAACAGAAUCCAGAUUAUCCAUAUAUUGCACCACCUGGUAAUAGAACUCCAGGCCCUUGGAAGCAGAAUCAUUUAGACUGGAUGCAUUGGCAUGAUAUUUCAGGAAUCCAGCAUGUUGGCACAAGCUGCAGCUCUACCCGUCUCGCCCCUUGCUGUUUUUACAUGCCAUCUUGGGAAUCUAGUCAGUCUCUGGCAUUUAAAAUACAACUAGAUGAUAGAACCAACCUGACAAAGGAAGAACUGAGCAAAAAGAUAGAACAUUAGCUUUCAAAAGAGAAGCUUCCUAUUUCAGAAAGGAAGGAGGGGAGCAGCAAACUAAAGACAGAAAAAAGAUCCAAUUUAUAAUCUGAUAGAGCGAGCAAAAUUAGAAAACACAGCAAGGUACAGCAUCAGCUUGAGCAUGUCAGUGACUAGUAUCCUAUUGCAUAAACAGAGAGAGGAAAGGUGAUUGUAUAACUGUUUCCCCACUCCCAAACUCUAGCAGCCUCCCUGGCACAAAGCUGUUUUUGCUGUGGUGUGGGCUCAGUUGCAACAGCUAUCCUGCUGGAGCUGGGGAAAUCUUUAAGUGAAAUAUGUGAAAGGCUGCUUAGUCUUUCAUCAUCUCUAACUACACAUUUGGAAGACAGUGGCAGGUAUUCUUGAAAAGCAUAGCAAGUCCUACCUUCCACUGGAUAGGCAAAAUAGCACAACCCAGUUGUUCCAUUAAUUUCUGAACCUCUGGAUAUCCUUUGGUACCUAGAUUUGUCCUAAUUGCUCCUCUCUAGGAUGGAAAAUGGAAGCAUAUUUAACCCCUCUCUAUCCUCCCAUAUAUCUUUGCUAACAUUUAUGUUAGAGAUCCAUUCCAUAGGUCCACUUUGAAUGCAUCAGUCCAAUUUGCAAUGUCCAUUUAUCACUCAGUAAUGGACCACCAUCUGAGCCCACAUGUAUUGACUUUCAUCAGAGAUGUUCAAGGUCACACCCCAAAACAGAUGCAGAGGUGAUUGGGAAUGCACCAUCUCAUCAGUCCUUAAUAUGUAAGAGCAUUGCAUCUAAGUAGGUACCCUGUUUCCCUGAAAAUAGGACCUAACCUAAAAAUAAGCCCUAGUAUGAUUUUUCAG